AAGCAUACAGUUUCCGACAACUUUGUCAUCUUUCCGCGUUAUAUAUUUUUUAUUUUACUUUAAAUAGCUAGCCCCACUGUAAAUCCCGGUAGAAGGGUGCUUCUGUAAUUGCACAAACAUAUUUUAUUGUUUAUGUGUUACCCUAUAUGAUGAUUGAGAGCUUUUUUGGUACUCAUGCGAAGCCCACAACUAUAUGUUUUAAACCAUCUUCUUCUUCUUUAUAUCUCUCAUUCUUUAUGAAAGAUCCCAUAUGAAAGUUUGCUAGCUCUUAGAGAUAUAUUAUACAAUAAUGGGUUCUAAGGAGGAGGAAAGAUCUGCUUUAUAUCAGAAGAUAAAACAACUUCGUUCGGUUUCCCAUUCAAAUGCUGUUCACAAAACAUCAAUUAUUGUAGAUGCAUCAAAGUAUAUCGAGGAACUGAAAAAGAAAGUAGAAAGACUUAAUGAAGAUAUCACAAGUUCGAGCGAAUAUAGUUCAUUACCUAUGCAAGUCAGAGUAGAAACCCUAGAUAAAGGUUUUCGAAUUAAUGUGUAUUCUGAAGAGGAUUGCCCUGGUCUACUUGUCACAAUCCUGGAAGCCUUUGAGGAGCUUGGACUUGACGUAUGUGAUGCUGCUGUGUCCUCUUCCAAUAAGUUCCAUCUCCAAGCCAUAAGCGAAAAUGAGGGACACGUUGAUGACAUUGAUGCACAUGUGGUAAAACAAGCCAUUUUGAAAGCUAUCAAGAAUACGAGUGAGAGAAACAACCAAGAUUAAUAUAAAACUGUACAUCCGUACAAGAUGUAUACAAACAAGGUCCUUAAACUGGGCAGUACGUAGUUCCUUCAACAUAUUAGGACUAGUGUAACUGAAUGUUGUCUUAUCAAGGAAUAAUGUGAGAAUGAACAUUCUUUACUAAGUUAGAGAAGUGAUUCGUGCUAUAAAUGUCAUGAUAAACAGAACAGCUAGAACAAACCAAGAAUGCAUAAGAUUAGGUGGAAAUCCUUGAAGGAAAACACCAAAAGGCGAGUUGUAUUAUAAUUCAUAAAAUUUCAAUUAUAAAAGACAGAAUGGAGAAGAGAAUACAAUUUUUUGAUUGGG